AUAAGUUUCCGUCUCCACAGCUACAGUAUAUUUGCACUCUUGCAUUUCUAUGGGUGUAACUGGGUUUUCAAGCUUGUUUUCAUUUAAACGUGCUCCUGAUGUGAUGAUGUUUUGCGCAGCCACCUGCAGGAGCUGACAGUCACAGGCGGUUGACCUCAAUAUUAAACUGUGAUCAGAAUCAGUCAGGCUUCACACGCUGCACAGCUCUUCAUCACUCAAAACUAACAAUUAGGCAAAUAGAUACACUGCAUACUUUACGAACUACUGCUACAGGCAUAUUGUGGAGAUUUCAUUUCCAUUUGUCUCAUUUCUUUCUCCCAAAGAUCUUGAGGAUUACAGUCAGAGCUUUUGGAGGAAAAAUGUCCUUGCAGCACUUGACUGCCAUAAACUGUGCAAGUCUUCUGCAGCCUGGCUGCUCCAUACUGCAUCUAGAAGGCGAUGCUUAUCUUUUUGGUCAGAAAGGAUGGCCCAAACGUUCCUGCCCCACAGGCAUGUUUGGUAUACACAUCAAACGCGGGGAAAUCAAGUUGCGUGCCAUCUCAUUCUCCAACAAUUCUUGCUACCUCCCACCUCUGCGUUACCCAGCAGUUGUUCACGUAGAGCCUUACAAUGAAAAGCCUGAGUGCUACCUUAUUCAUGGAGGCCGAACACCCAACAAUGAGCUAUCCUCGAGCCUGUAUGUACUUAGUGUUGACAAUCGUGGAUGUAAUCGUAAGGUCACAUUGAGAUGCCAGGAGAAAGAGUUGGUCGGCGAGCUUCCGGAGGCGCGGUAUGGCCACACCCUUAGUGUUGUCCACAGCAGAGGAAAAACUGCCUGUGUUCUUUUUGGUGGCAGAUCCUACAUGCCUGCUGCUGAGAGAACCACAGAGACCUGGAACUGCAUGGUGGACUGUCCACCGCAGAUUUAUCUCAUUGAUCUCGAGUAUGGCUGCUGUUCAUCACACACCCUCCCAGAGCUCACUGAUGGCCAGUCAUUUCACCUGGCACUGGCACGAGAGGAUUGUGUCUAUUUCUUGGGUGGACACAUUGCCUCUACUGACUGCCGACCACCUCGCCUGUUUCGGCUGCGUGUAGAGCUUCUUUUAGGAAGUCCAUUACUCUCUUGUGAGAUCCUUAAUGAUGGACUCUCCAUCACAAGUGCCAUUGCAACUCCCAUAGGCGUUGCUCAUGAAUACAUUAUUCUUGGUGGUUACCAGUCAGAUUCCCAGAAGAGAAUGCUGUGCACCUACAUAGGACUAGAUGAUGUCGGGAUACGCAUAGAGCCUAGAGAGACUCCUGAGUGGAGCAAUGAAAUCAGCCAAAGCCGCACCUGGUUUGGCGGAACUCUAGAAAAGGGGAGCGCAUUAGUUGUUAUACCGUCAGGGACAAAUCCCACACCUGCAGAUGCUUAUUACUUUUACCAGUUAAGCUUGCAGCAGGAAGGAAAUGGAGAGGAUCCAACCCAGACAUGCAGCCAAGAGUCCACUGAUUUUGAGGAUUCUGCGCCUCUAGAAGAUUCAGAAGAACUGUACUUUGGGCGUGAACCCCAUGAGAUGGAAUACAGCAGUGAUGGAGAGGGAGACACCUACAAUGAGGAAGAUGAAGAGGAUGAAUCUCAGACCAGUUACUGGAUUAAGUGCUGCCUUACAUGUCAGGUAGACAUCAACACCUGGGAGCCCUUCUAUUCCACUGAGCUCACCAGACCAGCCAUGAUCUUCUGUUCCAGAGGUGAAGGUGGACACUGGGUCCAUGCUCAGUGUAUGGAGCUCUCAGAGAGCCUACUACUACGUCUUUCUCAAGAUAACAGCAAGUAUUUUUGUCUAGAUCAUGGAGGCCUUGCCAGGCAGGAAAUUACUCCCCCACGCAAGAUAAAUCCUCUGAAAAGAGUCCCAAUGAAGACAAUGCACCGCAAAGCCCCCAUAACCCUGAAAAUGUCUCCUGUUAAGAAAAGCUUCUUCAGAAGGCUGUUUGACUGAACUGUUGAUACUUAAUUGGUUAUAUGAAAGCUAUGCUAGAUGCUUAAUACGUUUUCUUUAAAACUUUAUCUACUUUGGUAAUGUAUAAGAAUAAAGAUUUGUUUGGAGCAUAUUAUUAUGAUACACCAUUUUUAAAAGUUUAAAUG